CCCUUUGUGAAGUGCUCUGCCCCUUUAAGAGGCUUUCCCUGUCAUACGCGUUCUUCUCUGUGGAGAGUAUUACGGUACCUUUAGAAGCUUAGUCCAUUGUUUCUGUCUCGGUUUUUCUCUCUCCUUCUUCGUCCUUCUUAUCUGAUUAUUUAUCAUAAACCAGGAAGACAAGAUGGCUGAGAUGGGGAAAGGGGUUACUGCUGGAAAACUAGCCAGCAACGUGCAAAAGACACUGACCAGGGCUCAGGAAAAGGUUCUGCAAAAACUGGGCAAAGCAGACGAGACAAGAGAUGAGAUAUUUGAGGAGAAUGUGCUGAACUUCAACAAGCAGCUGACAGAAGGAACCAAGCUUCAGAAAGACCUAAGAGCCUAUUUAUCCUCGGUGAAAGCCAUGCACGAAGCCUCCAAGAAGCUGUCCGAAUGCUUGCAGGAUAUGUAUGAGCCGGAGUGGUAUGGAAAAGACGACAUCAAUACAAUAACAGAGGACAUUGAGGAUACAGCGCUGAACACUGACCUGCUGUGGACAGACUUUCACCAGAAGCUUGUGGACCACGCCCUGAUCUCCAUGGAUACAUACCUGGGGCAGUUUCCAGACAUCAAGACCCGCAUCUCCAAGCGUGGUAGAAAGCUGGUGGACUUCGACAGCGCGAGGCACCAUUUCGAAUCCAUGAAGACUGGAAAGAAGAAGGAUGAAGUCAAAAUAGCCAAGCCGGUUUCGCUGCUUGAGAAGGCUGCCCCCCACUGGGCCCAGGGAAAACUGCAAGCCCAUCUUGUUGCUCAAACUAAUCUGCUGAGAAACCAGGCAGAGGAUGAUCUGGGGAAAGCUCAGAAGGUGUUUGAGGAUAUCAACAUAGACCUACAGGAGGAGCUCCCAUCCCUAUGGAACAGUCGUGUUGGCUUCUAUGUGAACACAUUCCAGAGCAUCGCAGGCUUGGAGGAGAACUUCCACAAGGAAAUGGGCAAGAUGAGUCACCAACUGACUGAUGUGAUGACCAAACUGGAAGACCAGCACUUGUCCAACCCGCCCAGAAAGCAAAGUAAGACGGUUCUGAAGACAACCAAAGUGGUAAAAAGUGGCAGAGAGUCGUCCAAGGAGAUAGGCUCCGCCCCCAUGAGGGAUGGCUCCCCCGUCACCAACCCUGAAACCAAGGCCGUAAACCACGCCCCCACUCCGUCACCCUCGACGACGCCCGUGCCAGCCAUUCCCAAGUCUCCGUCUCAGCAGAAGAGAGGCCCGCCAGUCCCCCGUCCUCCCAAACCCACCCCUUCCAAGGAUCUCAAACCGGACAACAUCAUCAAUUUCUUUGAUGACGCUUUUGUCCCCGAAAUCAGUGUGACAACCCCGUCACAGUUCGAGGCUCCGGGGCCUAUACAGGAUGGAGCACCCAGCCUGCUAGAUUUUGAUUUCGAUCCGAUCAAACCAGCAGUCACCCCAGGCGGGACGGCAGUCUCCCCCGCCUCACAGGCCUUGCCUUGGGAUUUAUGGGAGCCUGAGCAGGCUCCUCCUGCUGUCGUGGAGCCGGUUGAGGAGGAGAGUGGGGGCAACAGAGCCUCCGAUCAGCACUGUGAUGACAGUGCCCCUGCCAACAGCGGGUUUGCUGUGGAGUGGUCCAGCCAGCCCACUGACCCUCCCGCAGAGACUGGGUACCAGAAUGCCGAAAAGGCACAACCGAGCACUGACAUUGCUGGGACUGAUUCUGCUGUUGCUGCAUCUGCCACAUCCCCUGAGCAGGCUCCUCCUGCUGUCGUGGAGCCGGUUGAGGAGGAGAGCGCGGGCAACAGAGCCUCCGAUCAGCACUGUGAUGACAGUGCCCCUGCCGACAGCGGGUUUGCUGUGGAGUGGUCUAGCCAGCCCACUGACCCUCCCGCAGAGACUGGGUACCAGAACAAUUCCCUGCCUGCCGUAGUCACAGAGCCGGCAGCGACCAAUGGAGCUGUUCAUGACAUCGCUUCCUCGGAGGGAGGGGACAUGCCUCCAAAUUUUUUGUUCAAAGUUCAAGCAUUGCAUGACUAUGGAGCAACUGAUGCAGACGAGCUGGGCCUGAAAGGGGGGGAGACAGUGCUUGUGAUUCCUUUCGACAACCCUGACGAACAGGACGACGGUUGGCUAAUGGGAGUGAAGGAAAUGGAUUGGCUGCAGAAUAAAACCCUGAAAGGCAAAGGAGUUUUCCCUGAGAACUUUACCCGGAGGCUGUAGCAAGGCCUGAACCAGGAUCUAGUCUCCAUGGCAACACCAGGGUUUCCUCGUCAGCAGUUUCGGCCUGAGAAAGUUGAACUCAAAGGCUCAGUUUUGCUGGUGAAGCUCCUUUUCUAUAGCAGACCCUGGUUACCAAGUUCAUUGUCAUCUUAUUAAAACAGUUGUUCAUUUGUUAAUCUGCUCCCUCCCUCUUGAUGCUACCAGCCGAGAUAAAAUACUACUUGGACACAUGUUGAAAAGUAUUAGAAAUAAUUUAAAAAAUCUGCAUAUUUAAAGUAAACAGCUUCAGGUUAGAUUCUCCUUUUUAUUUAUGUCCAGCUGCCUCAUUCCUGACAAGCAAAAUGCCUCCUUGAAAUGUCUUCUUCCAGUUGUUCUGUGUUAGUACCAUAGACGUAUAUAAAAAACAAAAAGUCAGGCAUACAGACAAUGAUUAAAAAAGAAGAGAAUUCAAGCUGCAUUUUGCUGGCUUUCAAAACAUAGAUCCAAUUAAUUCAAAUACAUGAUUUGCUUUAUUAAUGUAAGAGUAAAUGCAUGAAUGUUAUAAAAAAAUAGGUCUUGAUACACCAGACUUGAAUGAGUUUUAGACUGUCACUGUUUAAUUGAACGCCUUCAAAGUUUUGGGUAUUGUGACACCCUCCUUGUUCCUAAAUCAUAAAAUGGGGUCUCCUAGCGUAGACCGAUGUUCAAGCAUUAUCUCUGGCCACCAAAACCUGUAUGUCAUUCUGAAGUGUUAUGUUCCAUCCUGUAUUUUUUUUUUUUUUUUGGCAGACACCUUUAUCCAAGGCAACUUAAAGGUGCUACAGGGCUGUACAGAGUAACAAUGCAAGAUUCAUAUUUAAAUACAGUGUAGUUUACAGUAAGUGCAAAUACUACUUCAAUGCCAUUGUCUUGGCAACCAGGUUUGCAACACACCAAUACAAUGUACAAAAUGGUAUCCUUAAAACAAACCACACACAAGAAUAUCUUGGUUCUUUUAAAAAAUGUUCUGGAAUGCAUACGCACAGCAGAGUCAACCUAGCAACCGUGUUAGCAACACACAUUAUAAUGUUGACAAUACUGAUUCUUCAGAUGUAUUCGUUAAGUCCCUCUACAGUGUCCCCAGUCAUGCCCAACUACACAAAUGUUUGCAACAUUCCAGAACAUUGGCCAACUCUCUUUUGUUUGCUGUGAAUACUGUCUCACAGAUUAGAAAGAUAAGUGAGGGGCACACCGGUUCGGCAAACAUUUUAAGCAUUUGCAAAGUUUAAAGCAGCCCAAGACUAAAGUGAUAGUUCACUAGGCAUGGAUUUUUUAGUGUUUUCUGCAUUAUUAAAGAAUCACCCUGGUUUGCAUCAAGCACCUAUCUGUGGUUAUCCAGGCAUAACACAAUAACUACAUUAUUGAUGCAAGCCAGUUGGAUUCACUGGUACUGAAAAAUCCCAGGUGUAGUUUAUACCGGCAGGUUAUAGGUUGAUCCGAGUAAAAACUAAAAGUUUAUGCCCAAUACUGUUUUGUUAACAUAUACUAUAUACUAAGGUUAUUACACUUUAGCAGAACUGUGAUCAUUUAUUGAUGCAAAAUCCAUAAUACCAAUAUUCAAUAUCGUAUUGGCCAUAUCACAUGGAGCUGCAUUUUAAGGCAUAUAAACAUUUAAUGUCUUCUUUAGUCUGUGCGGACAUUUGACUUUAACUUUGAGAAAGUAGUAUAAUAAAAGGGACAAUGUACACCCAAAUGUAUACAAUAAGGCUUUGCUCUUGUAGUUCCCAUAGUCACCAUAACCCCUUGCUAGAAUUAUAGCCUUAUAGUACAGUUUUAGUCAAUUGUAUUUGUUGUUUUAGAAAUCAUACUUUUUUAUUUUGAGUUCUUUUUACUUAAUGUAGUGAUAAAAUACUCGGCUAGUCGUAUUCCCUUCAGCAAGGAGCCUUGUGGUGGUAAAUGUAACUAUUGUAUUUAAUAGGAAGACAGUGACCUCUGAAAGUCUUGAAAGAAGUUGUGCUAGCGUUUCCUCCAAAACUUGUUAAGCUUGCCACUGAAAACACCACUGGAGCGGUUCCUCUUUGUGUUGUUGGAUAGCUGUGGUUGUUUUGGAGUCAAAUCUAUUUUUCACAAUUGAAAGAAAAAAGGCUUCCUUGGAUAUUGUAUAUGAGGCAUCAAAUAAAAUAAUUUUAAUACUAUUUAAAAACAACAUGUUGCAUGAAAUUAUAUUGUGACUAGUUAGAAAGGGAAUUCAAUUGUAUUGUAUUACAAACAAAGGUGGGACUAAACUGGAGUUCACUUUUCUAUCGUUGUUUAUUAGAUUUGUUUGUUUGCUGUGGAGGUCACUAGCAAAGUCCGAUGAAACGUGUUUUGGUAUAAGUUUGGUCAUCACCAUAACAGAAGAAUACCUGUUGGAAUACAUUAAUGCCUGUCUAUUACCCUGAGGAAGGCCUAGCUCUGCCAGCAGUGGCAACACAAUAGAUUUGGAAAAAAUAUUGCGCAGUGGUUCGGAUACGUGAAUUGGCUCCUUCUCUAUAAUAGACAGAAAGUUAUCAUUAGUUUCAUUACCCCUACCUGCCUUCUAUUAUAGAAAACCAUUGGACACAUACUGCACUGGAUAACCAGUGUUUGUUGGCUCAUGUCAUUGUGAUGUCAUAAAAUGUCCCUUAUGAGCUUACUGUGCACCUUCAUCCGUGGCUAUACUGGGUGUCAGGCGAUGUCAGGCCACUAACUCAGACAAACCCAGGGAUCUCGUCUGUUAUUUAUUUGCAUUAUGAUUUUUAAAAACUUGAUGUAUAUUAAUAGUUAAUGUGUUGGGUUUCAGCUACUCAUUUCAGCAGUCCCACUUCUAAUGUGCGUUGUGCAAUAGAGCCUCCUUGUGUAGUUCCUGUGCUAUGAAGAAAGGUGUUGAUCAUCUUUUUUGUUUAAUUGUAUUUUAUGUUGUCAUGGUAACAACAGCAGGCACACACUUGACAAUUGCUUGGGCUUGAUUGUUGUUGUGUCCAAAAGGUUGAAACAAAAGUAAUGAUUUGUUUUUCUUACCUUGUAAAAAAAAUAAAAAAUAAAAAAUACAAAGGACAAUUAAACAAAAAUCACCACCAAAGAAGAAAAAAAACUCCAGCUGUUUCCUUCUAGCCAAACAGAAAUGUAAAAUGCCAAUUUAAUAAGCCCACAAAAUUACAAAAUAAAAACCUGUUCAGUUGUUUUUGUUUUAUAGUAAUAUUUGUGGAUUUUUUUUUAACUCAUUGUUAAGGGAGGUAAGUUUAAUUGUUGUAAGACUAAUCAUAAUUACAAGGUAAGAAUAACCCAUAUGCUUGAAGUUUACCUGGUCUGCACCCCAGCCACUAUAUACAAUGUAUUCCUUUAAAAAUGCUGUACAUCCUGGUGACAUGUUGUCUGGUCAUUGAGAUUAAAAUGGGUUAUAUCCUC